GUCUCUCUUUUUUUAAUUGUGGUCCGAUCAACUAAAUAGUUAAACUCUCCCCGGCCGGCCGCCACCACGACCGACACACCGACUUGCAUCAUAUUUUAGUCCCAUCCUAACCCAACACCGCUUCGUCUCAUCUCCCCCUGUAGCCCUUGCUAUCGAACCUUACGCCCGACCGCCUUCUACCCGUAACCUGCUACGAUGCGAACCUACUGCUAGAUGCUUCUUCACUCGCCAUGGCCUUCAACUUCAACUGGUCGCCGCUCACCGCCGACGCGGAGUUCUACAAGCGAGCCCAGGAGCUCCUCACGGACGCACUCAAUAAAUCUCCGAAGCCUCCCAUAAUCGUCGAUGACAUCCUCGUUACCGAGUUCAAUCUCGGGUCCGUACCGCCGGAUCUGGAGAUACUGGAGAUUGGGGACUUGGCUGAGGAUAGGUUUCGCGGCAUCUUCAAGAUGUGUUAUUCGGGUGAUGCUUUCUUAACAUUACGGACAAGAGUUCAAGCAAAUCCUUUGAAUACGUAUCUCUCAGCCAAGCCGACCUUCACGUCGCCGCAACCCUUAGCGGCUGCGUCAAGUCUGACGAUACCUUUAUCUAUUACUUUAUCUGAGAUUAAGCUAUCUGCUUUUAUUAUUUUGGUUUUUUCGAAGCAAAAAGGUCUUACCUUAGUCUUCCGAAAUGACCCUCUCGAAUCACUCAAGGUCUCUUCGACCUUUGACUCAAUCCAAUUCGUUCGAGACUACCUUCAGAGAACCAUUGAAGGGAAGUUGAGAACUUUGAUGAUGGAUGAGUUGCCAGCUAUCAUUCAUAAGCUCUCACUACGGCUUUGGUGCCCCGACCAAUUGCCGAGAGAAGAGGUCGUGCCGAAAGAAGAGGCCGAAGAUGAAGCUGUCAUUGACCCCUUUACCAAUUUGCCUGCGGAGCCAGUUGACUCAAAUGGACACGUGCUUGAUCCUAGUGAGAUUGCGUCGAUAUCUAUGGACGGUGGUCCAGAAAUGCAAUCGCUCUUCUCCCAGAAGAACUUGUUGAGAUUAGCAGCUCUUACCGACUCCCAUCGGACAUUGUCUCUUUUCACACCUGGAAUUCGUGAUGCGUUAUUCAGAGCUUGGGCUGGGUCGAUGGACCGCAGUGAAACCGGUUACUCGACACCGAACCCCACGAUGCCUAGUCUAAUGCGAACACAAUCCGUGCAAGGAAGUAGCACAACUUACACGUUUACUGAUUCAAGCAGCGUGGAUCAAGGCAGCUUACCUUCCCGACCAUCGUUGACCAGCCUCCACUCGGCCACCACCGGGUUGGCUCUUGGCGCUGGGCGACAUUCAAGAAGCUCACGCAAGAAAAAGACUCGUGUGGUUAAUUUGCGCCGCAAUAGAACAGGGGAUGAAGCGAGUACUGAGGGCAGUGUGUCCCUCUCGUCGGAUACUACGUCGGUCGCUGGUCCAUUCUCCGAGCCAAUCCUUCCGAGUUCAAUACCAGAAGAGACCGAGGAAGAGCCAGCAGAUGAGGAGCCAUUUUCAGGUAACGUGCGAUUCAGAUCCGAGAAGGAAUUACCAUCUCGUCCGCCUUUGAGUAUGGAUAUGUUUAAGGAUCCAGCUGCCACUGAGGACGUUUCCGUAGAGGCGGCAGAGAACGAGUCAGUAGAGAACAAUGCAAGCACUACUCCAGUUCGGCGCCAGGAAAAGAUUCUAGAGGCCCUCGCUUCGUCUUCUAGGAUCCCGUUUAAUAUUGACCGACGUCGGCCCAUGAGUGCCGACUCGUCAUCAGUGAUCCUCGAACAGGCUUGGAUUAUGAAAAUGGCAGGCGAGAUCGCGCGUCGCGUGUACGACGAGAAACAACGUAACGAGAACUUUUGGGCGGAGCGAGAAGACACUCCACCUCCCGCAUACCAAGCGACACAAUAAAGUUGUCGCAUUAGAGAAACCUUCCAUCGCAAUCAUUUUUGAGAGAGAAUUUUUCGUUUGUCUAUACACAACCGCAGUUAGACUGUAAAUACGGCAUAUGGCGUUACGACAAGGCAUUGCGGCAGGGAAAGCCCUGGCGGUUGGAGAUAUCCGAAUGUCCUAAUGUUUAUUCUGGGCGGCGGUUUUUGCAGCAGAGGCGUUUUUAGGCGAACGGGUCUACAAAAAAAGAACUUUUGAUGGGAUAUUGGUUAACACUCAAGACUUUUGCUUUUUGAAGAAAAGAUUGUCUUGGUCUAUCUAUUUGUCGAGCAACAAGAUUGGUCGCUCGGACGAA